CAGUGGGCGCGUUGCGCCGGGGCCGCGGGCAGGAGGGAGGCGCAGUGCUGGGGCCCGCCAUGGUUCGCUUCCUGCACGUCCAGAGCCGGCAGCGCGCGCCGCCGCCCAUCUGCAGCGACUGCCCCGCCGUCCAGGCUGAAGCAUCUCCAUACUCUUUACUUGACAUCUGUCUGAGUGCUCUGACCGCCGACUUGGAGAAGUUUUGUACAGAACGACGAGAUGGGACGCUGUGCUUGAAAGAGUCUGAAAGGCUCCCUCAAGAAGUAGCUGAUCGAUUAUUGCAGACCAUGGCAUUUCAUGAGCUGUUGAAUGACGGAACUGUCGGGAUUUUCCGAGGGAACCAAAUGCGCUUGAAACAAGCCUGCAUCAGGAAAGCAAAAAUUUCUGCACUGUCUUUCCGGAAAGCAUUCUGCCAUCACAAGCUGGUGGAACUUGAUGCUGCAGGGAUGAACGCGGAUGUUACUAUUGCAGAUAUUGUAAGUGGACUUGGGAGUAAUAAGUGGAUCCGGCAAAACCUUCAGUGCCUUGUUUUGGACUCAUUGACGCUUUCUCUGACAAAUCCCUGUAAAGGGUGCUUCAAGCAGUUGUCUGGUCUUCGUGUUUUGAGCAUUACCAAUGUUCUUUUCCACAAUGAGGACUUGAUAGAGGUUGCUUCUCUUCCGAGGCUGGAAAGUUUGGAUAUAUCCAAUACCUCGGUCACUGACAUAACUGCACUCCUUGCCUGCAAGGAUCGACUUAAGUCUCUUUCCAUGCACUACUUGAAGUACUUAUCAAUGUCUACGCAACAAGUCUUGGAUAUCCUACGAGAACUCAAGUUCUUGAACCACUUGGACAUUUCAGAUGAUCAGCAGUUUACAUCUGAUAUACCUGUUAGUUUGCUAGAGCAAAAAGACAUCCUACCUCACCUUGAGUCAUUGGACAUUUCUGGCAGUAAAUUCAUUACUGAUGAAGCUGUAGAAGCAUUUGUCAAACAGCGACCUGCAAUGCAGUUUGUGGGACUGCUGGCAACUGAUGCUGGCUACUCUGAAUUCCUUUCAGGAGAAGGAAGUUUGAAGCAACGAACUUUCUUCUCUUUGGUUUUAGCUGCCAGGUACUGCAGCAUGCUAAUUGAAGAAGGUGGACUGCAGCAUUUACAUGACAUCAAGGAAAAUGAGCAGACUGAUCCGGACGUCCUACAAAUCACUGCUGAGAUACUAGAUAGUGUAGAUACACACACAAGGUACUAUGGGAGACCUAAAUCUUUACAGAAACCAGAAGCCAAAUGAAAUGGAUAGCUGCAGGUAUAGCUUAACUAUCCUUUGCAUCUCUUCACAGACUAAUGGGAAUGAAAAUCGUGUAUUGUGCUCUUUUAAGGGGUGUAGGAUCACUUCUUAAGAGGGUCAUUCCUGUAAGGUUACUGCUGACUGCGUUGAGGGCCUUUAAAGUGUGCACAGCCUGAGUCCCUUAGGAAUCCGCAUGUCCUAAGGGAGGAAAUGAAGCUUUGAACCAGAUUUUUAGAUGCCUAGCACCUACAUACCUCUAAAAAUCUGUCCCAUUACCUCUUCCAUUACUGUCUGGAAACGGCUUCUAUUGCUUAGGCAAGCAGGGCUGGAAACAGAGCUUUACAUGCUUGCAAACCAGCAUUUUUGCACUCGUAUAUGUGCACUUACUUACCACUGUGACCGAAGUGUCAGUUGCAGGGCCAUCCCCAGCCAAACCUGUAAAAUCACUCAAGUUCCCUGUAAGCCAUGCUUCUGGUCUAAUUUUUCUAAUACUGGGCCAUUAUCACAUGCUACUUGCUAACUUUUCUCCUUCCUGUGCUGAAUCAACCAUGUUGGAAUUAGGCUUGUGUAAAAAGGAGUGAUUGGAUUGGUUCUACUGGAGUUGCAAUAGGACAAGUCAGGAGAAAUUUGUGAGGGCAAGAAUCCAAAGGUGAGCAUAGAAUUGUACCUAGAAACUUGGUGAACAACAGAACACCUGAGACUGUACCCACAUAGUACAUGGAACAUAAGUCAUCACCAUAUGUGGAAGCUACCUGUUGCUUUAGUGUUUCCAAGUUCUCCCUUAGCAGUGCGCACAUGUUCCCCAUUUGACACUAGUGGGCGUGAAAUACAUGUCCGUGGAAAUGCGUGAUACAUGUUGUGCAGUGAAUUAUAUUUCCAAAGACUUCUAGUGCAAAGUAUCACCAACAUUGUGUAAAUCCUUGUGUAAAUCUCAUUGCUAUGGAACUGUAAAUUUUAAAAGUUUAUUUUUAACAAGUGAGUUUUUCCAAAGGCUUUUUUUAGUUUUCAUAUAAUAAGAUAAAACAGCAAAUCAAGGACUAGUACUUGGAUAUGUAUCGUGUAUGGACAUCUUCAUGCUUAGACUUGGUUGGUUGUGACAUUACUUGAAUUGUGCAGAAAGAAAUGGAUUGCAUCAACAUACCAGUAUGUCGGUUAAAGUGUAACCGUUGAUGGAAUAAAGUGGGUGCCAUGAAACCAGA